CUAUCAGUGAGCUCAUCUAUUUGUCCACGACGUAGUACUGUUCUCUUGUUCCCAAUUCUUUCAAAUGUAUGCGAAUCUAGGGUUUCAGAUUUCGGUCUAGCGCUUCAAUUUCAGUUGAAAUUUACCUAAGAAAAGGCAAAUUAAGUGUUCAAUAUGGAGCCGAGACACAAGCAGAAGUCCUGGUUUAGCCAAGUCAUUCAGAAGCAAAGCCCUGUCUUCUUAACCCGAUGCACCUAAUUUCUCUCUUUUAACAGUUGGGAUAUUUCACUGUAUUCUCUCUUGUGUGUUCAUUCCAUUCGCUCUAAAAUCCAAUCAUGGUGAUGACCAGGACGGGACCCUCUUCCCAAGAAGUCGCAAUGCAUGUGGGUUCCUGCAAUCUUAAGGCAGACCUUGACCUUGAAAAGUUUGACUCUAUGCUCCAUAUAAUGAUUGAGUUUCUAAAAAGUCACCCUAUUCACGAACCCUUGACUAAAUCAAUCGAGUUUCCUUUAAGCAUCAUUCAUAAGGCAUACUCCACUGCCGUCUAUAACUCUGAGGAAGAGUACAUUGAGUUCAACAUCAAUAAAGAUAAGACCACCAAACUGUAUAAGGUUGAAUUCCUGGAGGCUAUUGGGCUUCCAGAGACCAAGGAAAAAAAGACGUUAUAUGAACCCACAAAUGAAGAACUCUUCGACAUAUUUGAUCAAAUGGGGUAUUUACCUCCAAAGCUUGAGUCGUCCUCAAACUUCAGGAAAGGUAAGCUUCCAGGCUUGUGGCAUUUUUUAUUCCACAUCAUUCUGCGGUGCCUCUCAGGAAGGGUUGCAGGAAUUGACAUGCUAAGUAGGCAGCUUCUUGUACUUAUUUGUGGCAUGUACACCGGGAAUGAAGUGGACUUUGGAACCACUAUCUGGAAUGAUUUUACUAGUUAUGUGUUUCCAAAGAAGAAGGCAAUUCCUUGUGCAAGGUUUUGGGCACUUGCACUCCAAAAGGUGUAUAACAAGCUGAAGAUCCCAAUACCUAAAGAAGAGGAGAUGUUCACUCCUCGUGUCUUAUCCAGGCAUACUAUCCCCAAUCAAUCUGCAUUUGGGAAGGUUACUCGUCUCCCUGAAGCAAUGCUUCAAUAUAUUGAAAAGAACUCCAAAGUUCUCAUCAGACAUAUAAAGGAAACGGAUCCUCCAGAAGCUGAAUGCCCUACCCAAUCCUCACAACAUACUUCCAGUCCUACAAAACAAAAGAAAAAAGCCUUGAAAGUAAAGAAGACUACUGGUAAAAGAAAAGGUGAGACCAUUCCUUCCCCUCAAGCCAAAAGACAAUCCACAAAAUCUCAUAAGGUGAAGGAUGUUGAAAAAAGAUCUAUCGUUGGGUCACAAUCAUCUACCUCUUCAUCCUCUCAAGAAGAUGAUGUCUCUCAAAAGUAUUGGAACAUAACACAUACACAACCCCCUUCCUCUCAAAAGGAAGAUGUGGGUGUUGAAAAAAGUCAUGAGCAGCCCCCAGGCCAAGAGCCUAAUGGUGUGGCAGAGGUGAGAACAUCAGAGAGUGAGAGUGUAAGGCAAACUCAAGAUGAUUCAAUGAGGGAAACACGAGAUGAACAGGAGAGGCAAAGUGAAAGAGCUGAGAACGAGGGAAAUACUCAGAAGACAAAAGAAGAAUUGAUGAAACUGAAAGCUGAGGAAGAAGGGAGAAGGAUUAGAAAAGAGCUUAUGAAGAGGGUUGUGAAAAAAAGUAAGAGGAAAGAGGAUGAGCUAAAGGCUGAGAAGAAGAGAGAGCAAGAGGAAAGAGAGAAAAACAAAGCUCUAAUAAACAAUGAUGAAAUUAUACAAGGGCUGGAGAAGAACGCUUCUGAGGAAGAACAAAUUGCCACCAAGCAAUUGCAACUGGUUCUUAGUGAAUUAAGAGAGGCUGAGGAAAAGAAAGAAGAGGAGCGAAAGGAAUCAGUGGGAAUGUUGCUUGAGGAGCAACAAAAGAGGGAAGAAGAAGAGAGGGUCCCAACCACGGAUAAACUUAUUGAGCUUGCCAUCCAUUGUGAGGAGUCUUUGGAGCCAUUCACAAAGACUGGUAUAGAGUCUGCUCAAGACAUGGAAAAGGACUUUGUGUUUACUGCUGAUGAUGGACUCAUCCAAGACUCUGAUUCAAACUCCUUUAUGGAGACACUCAAACCCUCCAAAUCUGCUAUUUUCUUGGCAACUUCAGAAACAGAAAGUCAGGAAGUUCCCAAAGGAGAGACAAACACUCUUCCAACCACCACUGUCAGACGCACUAAAUUGAAGAAGAAGAAGUCCAAAUAUGUCUCCAGGGCGGAAUUUAAUUCACUCAACCAGAAGUUGUCUCAGGUUCUUGAGCUUGUAAACAAGAUCCCUCCAUCUAAGGAUAAAUUUGUGAGCAAGGAAAAGUUUAUGGAAAUGCAGAAGGCUGUGACAUCCUUAGCCCAAAGGGUUCCUAAUCUUGAGACAAGGGAAAAGAUGCUUCGGGAAUCAGUUGUCAAAUCUACUGCAGAUGCUCUGAAGAAAAUGGAGCAGAAGAGGACCGAUGACACAUUUAAGUAUUUGGAUCGAAUGGAUGAUAUGUUGAAAAUGGUGAAGGAAAUUCAACAGUCGUAUGAUGACCUCACCAACACCGUGGGCCACCAACAUGGAGAUGAGAUUGUCCGUUUAAAUGAGCAGCUCUGUGACUAUCGCAACAAAAAUAUAAUUCUUCAGGCUGUUUUGGUUAAAGUAAUACAGUCUGCACAACAACUGCUAAGACCCCGCAAUGUAAGAUUCGAUGAAAUCCUAUUCGCCAUCCAGAAAAUUCAAAAUUCUGUUGAUGUACUUCCAAAGACUCUAUCCAAUGAGGAGCUAAGCAAACAGGUUCCUCAAUCGUUCCAAAAAGUGUUUGACUUGAUAGAGAACUUAAAAGGUUCAAAAUCUGUGGAUGAAGCUGGAGAAGAUGAAAAUGUGGUGAUAACAGAAACUUCUCCUUCUCCCAAGAUAGAUGAGGUAUCCAGACGUCAACCACCUCCAAAGACCACAAUUCCUCCACCAUCUCCUCCCACUUCAUUUGUCAUGCCUCCUACCCAACUAGCUUUGAUGUUCCCUGAAACCCACAAAGCUUCCAUUAAAGGUAAAGGCAAAAGGCCUUUGGAGGUUCCUGAAGUGAGUCGGAAUCAGAUGAAGACCUUUCGAGUGUCCGAGGAAGAAAAGAAGCAACAAGACCUGGAAAAUGAACUCCUUGCCAAGCAGAAAUAUGAGGUGGCAGCAGCACAUUUCUUUCAGGCGAACUCAAGUAAGGAGGAGCAACACGCUUUAUCUCCUUUGGUCUAUGUUAUCAGACAAUUGAAGGAUGAUGAACUUAUGCCCAAACAAACUACAGCUCCUCCCGCUUCCGAUGAGUAUCAGUGGGAUAUACCCAUGUCUCCAAAUGCACGAUAUUAUUCAGUCUUCCAACCACUACAUCCACACCUCUCAAGGGAAACGCAAAUCCCAAUUGAGAUGAACCGACUAGAGGAGUUUUUCAAGGCUCAUGCUCAGCCCCCAAAAGAUGUAUGGUCUCUCCGGAGGAUCAUAAGAGUCGUGGGAUAUAAGAAGAGGUCUUUUCAGAAGGAAGAGUACUUUGGUUUUGAAGUGGUGCGAAGUGAUAACAAAAAAUAUUUCUUCUCCGAAGCUGAUUUUCCUAACCUCAAUCCUAAUGACCUAUAUGUGAUUGCCAAACACUUCCAGACCAAACUCCUCACUCAUCAACCUUCCCGAUUUCCGUUUCUUCAAAUCCAGAGAUUUCUAAGGUCUCUGACCUAUGAUCUUGGCAGCAUUGAUGCAGAACGAUUUGAUAGCUUUGUGGAUAAUCCACCCGAAGAGAUGAACCAAGAGCUGGAAGGAAUUGAAAACAGACAUCGAGGACCUACGGAGGAUCCUGAACUUGGGAUCAUCUUCUCUAACGAAAAGGGUAGUUUGAAGCUCUUUUUUAGAUUAAAACAGAAGCAUCGCUGCAAAACGGAGUUCCUUGAAAAGAUGAUCAAUCUUACUUUAAGGUCCAAUGCCUCUGCAGCUUUAAAGGUGAAGAUCAUCGAAGAAUUAGAGUGGUGGGUAGCAGUUCGUAAGUGGAUCAAGAGAGCAACAGACCUCGUGAAAAACAAGAUCUGAACAUGAAUGUCUUUUUUGCAUUGAAAACUCUCGGCCAAGAUUGGAAGAUAUUCAACAUCAGAUGGCAAGUAGGAAGUGUACAAGUUCUUGUUGGAUGAGAACAGAAUAUUGUAGAUCAAGUAGAUGGUGGUAACAUGCUUACUAAUUUUAGUGUUUUUUAGUAUUUAUGUAAACUAUUUUAAUAGAUUGUUGCCUCAUAUUUCUACUGCAAAGCUGUAACAUUCAUUGAAAAUAUAUAUAUUUUUUUCGGUGUGUGAA